ACGAUGAAAUUUGGGUGGAGAAUAAUCGUGGGCACCAUAGUUGGAUUCCUAGGAUCAGCAUUUGGGACAGUGGGAGGUGUUGGUGGGGGUGGCAUAUUUGUGCCUAUGCUUACCCUUAUUAUGGGAUUCGAUGCAAAAUCAGCAACAGCAAUAUCAAAAUGCAUGAUUACUGGUGGAGCAACAGCAACUGUUUUCUACAACUUGAGGCAAAGACACCCCACCCUUGACUUGCCAGUGAUUGACUAUGACUUAGCACUUCUUUUUCAACCAAUGUUGAUGCUUGGAAUCAGUAUUGGAGUUGCUUUCAAUGUCAUUUUUCCUGAGUGGAUGCUAACCAUUUUGCUAAUAAUAUUUUUCGUUGGCAUUUCAGUUAAUGCCUUCUUCAAGGGUGUUGACACAUGGAAAAAGGAAACCAUUAUGAUGAAGGAAGCUAAGAUGCAAUCACAGAUAAAUGAUAAUGGAAGGACUGAAGAUGCUGCACAUUAUGUUCAAACAGAAGACCUGGUCAAUGACAGUCAAACCACCACCAAUGAAUCAAAGACAAAAGUUUCUCUUAUAGAAAAUAUUCGAUGGAAAGAACUUGGACUUCUUUUUGCUGUCUGGUUCAUUAUACUUGCAUUAGAGAUAGGAAAAAAAUACACAACAACUUGCUCAACGGUAUAUUGGGUAUUGAAUCUAUUGCAGGUUCCGGUUGCUGUAGGAACAAGUUCAUAUGAGGCUGUGCGUCUAUACAAAGGGAAGAGAAUCAUAACAACGAAGGGAGAUGAACAAACACACUGGAAAAAGGUGCAAUUAAUUAUGCUUUGUGCAUGUGGCACAGUUGCUGGCACCAUUGCUGGUUUGCUAGGCCUUGGUGGAGGCUUCAUCUUGGGACCCCUUUUACUUGGACUAGGACUUCCUCCUCAGGUUUCAAGUGCUACUUCCACUUUGGCAAUGGCAUUUUCUGCAUCUGUGGCAGUCGUUGAAUAUUACCUUCUCAAACGUUUCCCUGUUCCUUAUGCACUUUACUUCGUAGCUGUAGCCACUGCUGCAGCACUUGUUGGGCAGCAUUUGGUGAAAAAGGUGAUUGCUAUACUGGGGAGAGCAUCGGUGAUCAUUUUCAUCCUUACCUUCACUCUUUCCAUUAGUGUAGUAUUACUUGGUGGAGUCGGCGUAGCAAAAAUGAUCAGAAGGAUUGAAAAUAAAGAGUACAUGGGUUUUGAAAAGCUUUGCACGUACAGUGUUAGAAAAUAA